ACACACACACACACACACACACACACACAGGUACAGAAAGCUGGGAGGAACCUCACACUGAGGCUGGACAGGAGUUUGGAGGGGGCCUGCUGUGGGACCAGAGACCAGAACCUCAUCAUCAGCGCUCCCUACCAGUCUCACCAUGAGUAAGGUGGGAGGUGAUGAAGGUGGGGGCGAAAGCAGCAGUGAAGCACUCCUGCAGCCGGAGGAAAAGGCUCCAGCGGGGAAACUGAGCAAACUGAGUGCUGCCACACUCGGACCAGGCUGGACUAAAGUCAGCUGCCCCUGCUGUUACUCGGAGCGGGUGGAGCCGCUGGUUCUGGUGAAGCUGGGAGAAAAAAUUCGGCCUGAGACAAAAAGGUGGCUCAUAAGAGUGAUUGGAGCUCCUCAGAAAGAUGGAGGUGCUGCAUUACUGGCCCACCCGGGCGAGGACGCCAGUGGUGACAUCAUCGUGGUCUCUGCCCCACGCUGCACGUUACUUAAAGCCACUGAAGAGUUGGGUCUGUGUAAGACUUACCGCAGCGGAGACAUGGAGUCCUUCUCCUACAACGACAGAGACAACUUUAAAGAUUCAGACAACAUGGAGACGUUCCUGACCCUGGCGGAGCGGCAGUACAUAGUGAAGUAUGAGCUGGACGGUCUGCGGGCGCAGAGAGACCUGAGAAUACCGGGUCUUUCUGACAGAGUCACACUGCAACACCGUGACAACAUCUGGCAGAAGCUCGGGUCAGCUGGUGUUAUUGUGGACAUGUUUCCCCUCCACAACCCGGACAAACUGAAGGACCUCAGGGAAGCCUGGUACUCUGGGAAUCAGCUGGCUCAGCCGCUGGAUUCAGUCAAUGCGUAUUUUGGAAGCUCUGUGGCUUUCUACUUCAGCUUCCUUGAUUUCUACACUUGGUCUCUGCUUCCACCAGCGAUACUGGGCCUGUCCAUCACAUACUUCUCAGGUGAGGUUCAGAAGCAGAUCGAGGAGUCCGUGUCAGGCUCAUCGGUCACAGAUGUUGAAGAUGACUCAGGACCAACCAUCGGCGGUCACAUGAUCCAGGCGGUUUUCAGCAUGCUCUGGUCCACGGUGGUUAUGGAGCUGUGGAAGCGGCGGAGCUCCUCCCUGUCCUACCGCUGGGGGACCCUACACCUCGCUGAGCGCUUCGCAGAGCCCCGGCCCGGUUUCCACGGCGAACUCGGGGUCAACCCUGUUACGGGUCGCGUGGAGCCGCUCUUUCCUGAAUGGCAGAGACACCUGCGUAUGGCACUGGUGUCAAUCCCAGUGGUUGGGCUGUUUCUGGGGUUGGUGGUACUGGGUAUGCUUGGUUUCUACUGGGGGGAGGCCCAGGUGAAACACCUCCACGCAGACUGGGACUCCCUGCUGUCUGAGGCUUUGCUCUACAUGCCCUCAGUGCUUCACAUCGUCUAUACAAAUGUGCUAGCUACCGUUUACAGGACGGUGGCACGGUGUCUGACUGAAUAUGAGAACCACAGAGAGGAAUCUUCCCAUGACAACCAUCUGACAGCCAAAGUCUUGGUGUUCACCUUCUUCAACUACUUUACAGUCCUCUUCCACAUCGCCUUCUUUAAGCAGGAUGUGCCUUUGCUUCGUAAGCGUCUAGCGUCUUUGCUGAUAGUGACUCAGCUGAUAAACCAGGUGACAGAGGUGGUCAUUCCCUUCCUGGUGGAUCGCUUCAUCAGCGCCCCCAAAAGAACAGAAAGUGAAGACGACCCAGAUGAGGACAAAUUUAGGAACCAAGCCACCUUGCCUGCUUUCCCAGGCUUGUUUGCAGAAUAUAUCGAGCUCCUGGUGCAGUUUGGGUAUUUGAGUCUUUUCUCCUGUGUGUAUCCACUGACGGCAGUGCUGCUGCUCAUUAAUAACCUAACGGAGAUUCGAUCGGACGCCUACAAGAUCUGCAAACUCUUCAGGAAGCCUUUCUCCCCCCCUGUGGCUAACAUGGGCGUCUGGCGGAUUGCUUUCGAGGUCUUGAGUUUUGUCUCCGUCGUGUCCAACUGCUGGCUGCUGCUGCUGUCACCAUGGUUACAAAGGCUGAUUCAUGAGGGCGAGAUGAGCAGCACAAACAUUCUGAUGUUGGCUGUUUUGGCGGAGCAUGUGCUGAUCCUGGUGAAGGUUAUCAUGGCGCUGGUGAUCCCCGACGAGCCGGACUGGAUCCGGAAAAAGAGAGAGCACAUUGAGUUUACAUCCAUGCAGGCCUUGAGAGAACAGAAACUGCACUAUAAAGAGUCUUGAUUGCGUUUCAAAGCGUCCUGUGGUGGGCUGCUUCCGCCAAAAGAUAAAUACCAACGUCAGUGUUGUGUGGACCCACAGAGAAGAAGAAGGGCCCACAAGGUGUACUGCUGUACUAAUACUAAUACUCCCCCUGCACACUUCAGUGUUUCUGCUGCUCUCACUAAUUAACACGGUGCUUUUGCAAUGCACGUCCUCUGAUAUGCAGCCUCAUAUAACAUACAGUAUACACUGCAAGUGCAAUUAAAACAGCAGCUAAAAAGUUUUUUUAAAUGUUAGACAGCAGAUAGAAUGUAUUGUUAAUUUGUACAGAGUCUAUGACUUUUAAGAAAGAGAUAAUGUUAUGGUAGCAGACGUUUUACAGGACAUUUUACGGGGUUUGUUCAGAUUUAAUGAGGGAAAACCAAAGAGCUCUGUAAAAUCACUAUGUCUACAUUGUAUACAGUUAAUAUUUACUGUAGUAAGGGACAGAAAGGACACUGUAUUUGAUGUUGUGGGUAGAUUCAAAGAGACAGAAUACUUGACAAAAUCUUUCAUUUUUUUGCCUGCUGUAGGACUCUUUCAGGAGUGUUUUUGCUCAGAUUACUUUUUUAUAAGCUACAGUUUGAGUUCAGCAUUUACAAGUAGAGGACAGUAUCAUCACUCAAGGGAUCAUGAGAUCAGAAUAGAUGAGAUAAAAAGAUAAAACUUGAUCAGUUCCAAGGAAGAUUGCAGUAGCUGCAAUAUAAAGUGGGAGCAGUGCAAAUCUAAGUCUGUAAGACACAAAGCUACAAAUAUAAAGUCAGCCUUAAAAACUGCUCUAAUCAAUAAUUUGGCAAAAAGGUUUGCUCGUAAUGAUGAAGCCACUGAGAACGAUCACCCAACAGUGCCGUUUCGUGCAGCUCAGCAGAGCAUCGUAGCAUCUUUUACUUUAUUGUUUCACUUUUUUGGCCCACAAAUUAGCUUUGUUUAUCGACUCUUGCCGCUCCAGUCAGCCUGAAUUCAGCUAAUUUAAGUAAUAAAAACAGCUCUUAUCAACCCACUGUAUUCAACCAAACAGUCCUCGGACAAAUUAGACUAGCUUCUGAACAUGGUGGAGCAUUGGUGGGCAAGAUAUUUACCUUAGGAGUUGGUGGAGACCAAAAUCAGAGCUAAAAGGGAAGUGACUAUCGGAUAUCAGGUGGACAGAAACCCCACAAUAAAUAAAAAAAAUGCUAAUGUUGCUUUGUAACGACUGAAAUAAUGUCACAUAAGGGGCACUGUGUUAAAGGGACAGUUCAACCUAAAAUCCAAAACAUAUAGUUCUUUUUACCUGUAGUGCUAUCUAUCAA